CUCGAUCUACGCCGUUGCCGCCGCCUUCGCAGCUUCGCGCUUCCCGCUUCUCCCACCUCACUGGCUUGCCGUGUCAUCCUCCCCCCCCCCGCUUUAUACAGUCCACUACGCGCAUCCUUUUCCUCCCUAGAGCACUACUCCCCCCCACCUACCCCCCCCUCCGCCCAAUUCCGAUGCUCAGCCCUGCAACGUGAACGAAACACGACAAUAACCCCGCCAAAGAAUCCCGGCAAUCUACAAGCACCGGAAGCUACCACCCACCAGAAAAGCAUGGCCGCCCCAACUACCAGCAGCUCCUGCGGCUGGUUCAUCCUCAACAACCACAUCAUCCUAGAAUCCAUCAUCACUUUCCUUCCCGAAUUGCGCGACAUCACCGCUCUCGCUUGUGUCUCCAGCAGCGUCAGCUUCCACAUAAAGCAUGUCUUCCCUUUCGCCGCGCGCAGGCUAUCCUAUCGCACCAUCCCAAGCUCCACCGACAAGACCGUGCUCGGCUUGUUCGACACCUUCCUGCAGUACGGAAGGGGAUCGCGACAGCGGAAAGAUCUUAAGGCCGAUGGCGGCACUAUCAUGAUUGGCGGCGGUGCACCUGGCGCUCCCUUCACGGGAUCGUGGCGCAACCUGCGACAUGUCGACCUGUCGGGUACGGAUGUCACUACGCGGACCGUCAUGGUCUUGCUCGCGGCCACCUGCGGCUGCAGGAUACCAGGCAUGCGACCGCCCUUCAGAAAGGAGUGGGGGUUCCUGGUGGCGGACGACUCUGCCGGUGCCAGUUUGUUGAACGACCAGGGACUGAGGUUGAGGUCGUUGUCUGUCCAGAACUGCCGCAAAGUGUGGAUACCAGAUCUUGUGAACUUCCUCAGGAAAGUGCUCACUGCCGCAACUCGUCCGGCCAAGCACAGGAUGAACCAAGCGAACAUAGCUGCGAACAAUACCGCGAAUGGCAACAACAACGUCAACGCCAACCUGCUCGGUGGCAAUAAUGGCAACCUUAUCGCCAACGUCUUCGGUGGUGGCGGCGCCAUGAACAACGUCCUUGGUCCUCCUUUCCUUAUGAACCCAGCCGGCGGCGGAGGAGGAGGAGGCGGAGGCGGUAUCGUGGGUCAGAACAAUCACAACGGCAAUGGCAAUGGCAAUGGAAACAACGACGGACGAGCGCCUCUUACCGAAGCCCUUCAGAAUUUGGGUCUCAGUGAUGAUGACAUCCAUGCCAUACCUGGUCCGCUACCCAAUUGCGCUACCGAAUUGCGACAAUUCGGACUACCAGCCUUCUCACUACGCAAGCUGAAGGUUGCUGGUGCGGGAGGUAUGGGGUUGAAGUCUGUUGACGAUUCCGUGACCUUUCGGAGCUUAGCAUCUCUAGCCACGGUCACCGGAUGUCUGGGUAUUUCUCUGGACGUCGUCUUCUGCCAGGGUGCUAAGUGCGCGUAUGGUAUCGAGGUCGACACCGAGGAUCAGGACUUUGUUGGCCAACAUCAUCGCGACACCUACCAUCGCCCGCUGCCACACAUGCCCGGAGAGCGCAUCUUCGCGGACAAAACGGGCCGCGUGUUCCGCAUUCCCAAGCACUGCAUUCGCGAGGAAGACCCAGCCCCGGCGGCCCAGAUCCCACCACCAGCAGCGCAGAACACCACUGUCCCACUCCCACUCCCACUCCUGCCGCACGCCAACGCCAUUGCCGGUCCGGCGGCAAUACCGCCCACAACAGCGGCCGCAGCGAUCCAACCGGCACAAACAGACAAUCAGCAGAACGUAUUCAUCCUAGGUCUGAUGCAAACCCUUGACAAUAACCCUCCCCCCCCCACGCCUACAGACCCAACAGCGCCUACGUUCCCAGCCGCGCCUCCGCUUCAACCAGCGCCCGCGUUAGCGGCUACAGCCCCUCCGCCGGACUCGACACAGCAGAUCCCACUUGCCGUCCCCGCGCCCGUUCCCGCCGCCGACCCCGCCGCCGACCAGCAGGACCCGAUGCAAACACCGGCUCUUCCCCCACUUCUCCCACCCGUCGCCCCCAACAGUCUUUCCGCUCCUCACAACCCACCCGCCUUCUUCCAACCCCAGGCUCCAAACCUGCGAGAGAUCCUUCCUCCGCCGUCGGACGAAGACCGGAAUCCGCGCCGCCGCAUCGCGAUGAAAGGCGGUCCGCGCGGCCUCUGUGAAGGUUGCGGCCGAGAGCUCUGGCUCUGCCAGAGCUGCAACAACUUCUGGGUGCUGUACUGUGGGGGCUGCGCUGCUAAGGCUGUCGAUGUCAAUGGAGAAGCGGACGCCGCCGUCGCUGCUGACCCUGACGCUACUGACGUGGCUGACGUGGAUGACGACCUCGACGGCUCCGAUUACGAGCCCGUAUUAUGAUCGAAACCGGAAAUGGGCAUGGCGAUGGGAUCUAAUGCGGGAGUUUCCGUGAUAAUUGAUGAUGUGUUCGCCAUUCUACCUACCUAGUACCUAGUAACUACUUCUUUACAUGUCAAAGUUUUACUCACCUACCAAAUACUCAUCCUGGUUUUUUUUUACUGCUGGACGUUCUGUGUUUCUGUGUUUCGUUUUUUUGCUUUUUCGGUUUCGUUUCCGCUCUACAUACGCAAC